GCUUGCUGUCAUCCGGGAUCAAGUGGUAUUUGCUGUUCGGCAGGAGUACGUGCUUCUUGGAGAUCAGGUCCUGGUCCUGCAGCCUGGAGACGAGGUUGCCAUCAUCCCACCAAUUAGUGGGGGCUGAACCUCCUCAGGUUCUGUUCGUGUGAUAUGGAAGAAAGUGAAGAUGUGCCCAAAGAUUUCAUCAAGCUCAAAUCUGAAAAGCUCUCUGUAGAUGAAGUGUCAGAGCUGGUUGUUUCACCAUCCUGUGGCGCAGUGUCUCUGUUCAUUGGUACUACAAGAAAUAAUUUUAAAGGAAGAAAAGUAAUUCACUUAGAAUAUGAAGCAUAUUCUUCAAUGGCAGAGACUGAAAUAAAGAAAAUCUGCAGAUAUGUUAGACAGAAAUGGCCUUCAGUCAAACAUAUUGCAGUACACCAUAGACUUGGUGUGGUUCCAAUAACUGAAGCAAGUGUAAUUAUUGCAGUCUCCUCUCCACACAGAGUAGAAUCCCUUGAAGCUGUAACGUACUGCAUCAAUACCUUAAAAGCAUCUGUCCCAAUAUGGAAAAAGGAGAUUUAUGAGGAUGAAUAUUCUUGGAAAGAAAACAAGGAAUGCUUUUGGGCAAAUUCAGAAAAAUAAUUGUACUCUUUUGAAAAUAAAGUGUUACUCUUCCUAAUGAA